GAAGAUGAAGUUACUCAACUAAUUGGCCUGGCUGGUACUGAUUAGGCUGCAAAUUUCUGUUCAGUCCUGGAAAGUUGUGUUCCAAUGCUUAACAGCUCAAUGGCUGAUUUUCGAGUGACCCUUUUUAACGACUUGGCCAAAAACACCAAUCUGAAUGUUCAGUGCCAAGCCGCGGGCGUGGAUCCAAGCCAGCAUUCGAUUCUAUUUUUACAUGACUUUACCUGGAACGUCAACCCUAGCACUGUGUUGUCUUGUGACAUGAGUUGGGGUUGGGGAAAUGUAAAUGGGCAUUUCGACAUCUUUGAUGCUAAAAGAGAUUCAACUAGGUGUUCCAGAAAUUUCUGCGCUUGGCGUGUGAAGCAGGAUGGCUUGUAUCUCUUCAUCGAGGCGCAUAAGAGGUUGGAGUUGCAGUUUACAUGGCCUCACUGAAAAUCAGCACGGCAAAUUGCACUGUGGACUUGUUCGGUUUUGUUUAGGACCACAUGCAUGCAAAUAAAGUUUUCCCUAGAAAUAAUGUA